AAACUUUGGAGAGACCCAUGUUGCUUAACAUACUUUAUUUUGGUUAGAAUAAAUGUUUAUAGUUUUUCAUUAACUGACUUAGAAGUAAAUUACAGGGUUGCGCAAUGACGACGUGCGUGACCUGCCGUGGUUUCCAUGCCAACGCCACUUGUUUGGGCUCCGGCGUGCAGGAAGAAAUAUGUAGUCGUUCUAAUAGCGUACAUUUGGCUCUGAAAUUUUUAUAACGAUCUUUUUUGAGACUUAAUUAAGUCGCAUAAUUCUGACACAUAAAUGUGUGAUCACAGACAUUAAAGUGUCUGGAAGUUGUUGACUCGCACGCAGGUUUAAACCUAAAAAUAUUUUUAUAUUAGAGACUAUGGUUCACGUUUCAGGAGGAGGAAAAUGUUUUGUUUUUUCUGCACCUUAAUUGUUCCCGAUUGAAUUAUUUUUAUUUUUUAUUUUUUGGGGAAUUUUGGUUUUGUGAAGCCCUGAAAGGUUUAUUUUAUUUUAUUAUUAUUUAUUUAUUUUGACUACAAAAUUGUCUAUUUGUUUUUAAUUGCUUAAAUAUGUAAUGUCAGAUGUACCACCUUAUUUAAUACAUGUUAAACUGUAAUUGCUUAGUAGAUAUGUCAGAUUUAUUCAACAUAGCAGACCUAAGCAGACUGCAGAACAUUUCUCUAAGAUAAUGUCUAAGCAUCACUAGUUAAAGAAUGACAGGAGAAAUAACAAGUGCACAUAGAUUUACUGCCCACUCAAAGCAUUGGAUGGAGCACACCAAAUGUGAGGACCUCAUUCAGAUGAUAUUCCACAGUAAAGAAGUUCAGCAGCACUUCAAGAACAUUCUGAGACCUCACUCACUUCUCAUUCACCCGGACAUGAUGAAAGACAGGGCCAAGGAGGUGAGAUCUGAGUCUUCUGCUUAUGAGAAGAAUAAAACCACUCCUACCUCUCUGUCAGAGCUUUGCAAACUGCUGGAGGAGAGAAUCUCUCAGAAUUCACAGCUCUACUCCAUCUGCCAUGAAGACCAACAGGCUCUGACAGCAGUGUUGAUUUCUGAGCUGGGUAUGAUCUGGCAUGACCUGAAAAUCCCACCUGUUGACAUCACGCUGACUCAGGACGAGAAUGUGCAGCUGCAUCAUCAGACAUUCAGUGAGGUGCUGGACAUCUGUGAGCAGCUUUUUCUGCACUACCUGCACUUGAUGGAUACUUUAAAGAGGCGUGGUGUCUUCAGCGACUAUGCCAACCGAAGCAGGCUGGCAGCUCAGCUGGCUUCAGACUGCACUAACCUCUUAAAUGUUCGCUCCAUAAGAUCCAGGAUUGUCCCAGGAAUCAAAGCUACAAGGAGACCAAGUGCUGCAACACAGAGAGAACGACAGCAGGGGACUUUACAGACACACUCUCUGCCCUGCCCACGUAAACAUGACCUGUUUCUGCAUGCCAAACAUAGCAUGAAGAGGGCUAUGACGGGUAGACCUCUGGAAAAGACUGUGGAGGAUGAACUCAAGGAGAUUGAAGAGAAAAUUGGGGAGCUGGAUUUGCAACGUGUGUAUGACCUCCUGCCCUACCACAUGGAGCCAAUCACGUGCAAGAAACACAACCAGAGAAUGGCUUGUUCAGGUUCCACAGCCAGCGUGCCUAGUAUACCGAAACAAGAAAAGGAUCCCUAUCAAAAUAGAGUCGUCAGAAUGAAGGGAUGUUUUUCCAUGCCAGACCUACAGAUGGAGACACUGCUGGAGGAGCUGGAGAUUGGAAUGCCCUGCCGGCCUCCAUCCCCAUUAGUCCUGCUCUUAACAGAACCAACAUCAAGCCUGGAGAAACACAUCACUCCUGCAGAUGACCUGAGGAGAUUGUUACAAGAUUACGAGGAUGUCAACAAUCUGAGUAACUGUGAGACAGACCUGCCCCCACUUAUCAAAGCCCCAACUGGCUAUGGUUCCAGAAGACUCCAAAAGCUCAAACUAAGACUACAGGAAAUGAUGGAGGAAGAGGAGGAGAAAAAGAAGAGUAAAGUACUGUUUGAGAAGCCUCCACACCCACAGGGAGCAGUGGUCAGUGUGGCGGUUUCACCACAAAUUAUCGUGCAGAUGACAGCAGCCCGAGUGUCUGACAGGAUUUUUCCAGAAACCAUCAAACUCAGCAUGUACCCUCCAGUCUACAAUGACCUUACUAAAGAGAUUGUCUCAGCGUCAGUAAUGGAUCGGAACUUGGUUGAAGAAAGUAUGGAAAUAAAAAAAGUUUAUGAAGAAUUAUCCAAAAGUAUCCCAACAAAGUAUUUCAACUUUGAUGAGGACCCAAGGAUUGAACCCAUACUGUCUAAUGCCAUGUGCUGCCUGAAAAGAAGGAUUAAUGAAAAACUGAUGAACCCAUUACUAAGGAGGCCAAAUCCAUACUGCAUAUCCCACAGAGAGAGAACAGAGAGGGCUGCAAACAGAAAGAGGCCCAUGGAUGUGACCACACGAGCAUACAGAGCCUGGUUUCAGUGGUGGAAGUGUCAGCUAUCACUGGAUGAUUAUCUCAACUAUAUUUCCAACCAGGACUCUGAUUACCUGUCAGUGUUGUUUCAUCUGUAUGACAGUGAUGAUGAGGAAGAAGAGAGACACAAACUGGCUCAGCUGCAGAAGGAAGAGAGGAGAAGAAGGCAUCAGGAAAGGAUCCAUUCAAUGAGGAAACAGAAGGAGGAAUUUCUUCCUGGUUUCUGGAAUGUCAACACCAUAGGAAUGGGAGGACUUGGGAAGGAACCUAAACUGGAUGAGAAAAAUCCUGAUGAGAAAAUACAGGAUGUGGGUGAAGGCCCAGCUGCCGGACUGCUGGAUAUAGACCAGAUGCAGGCCAGGCUCGAGAAGGUCUGGAAUGCCCUCUAUCUGCCUGAAGGACAGCGGAUAGACAUGGCCAUCAAAUACAGCUCUCAGGGGUACAGAGACCAUCUGCAGGAGGCAAUUGCUGCAUGGGAGCAGGCUGCUCGGCUGAUCCAACAGAGGGAGUUAUUGCUGUUUAAGUUGGAGGAGUUUGAGAGAGCAGCAUCUAAUCCCAACAGAUUUUUUCAACAAGGUUAUCAUGGUUCAUCUAUGGCUAGAAUGGAGGAAGCAAGUCAGAGAGGGAAGCUGAACUCUCAGAUUUCAGAUGUAGACAAAGGGUUAUCCGAGAUCAUUGGCCACAUCACAACCCAUUUCAAUGACAUCAUCACGUAUAAGGGUCGGCCGUACUGUGAGAAAAUGCGCUGGGACCGUAUUGAGAUGCUGUACUGGCUGCAGCAGGAAAGGCGGGUCCAGUCCCUGGAGAUGUUCGUAGAGGGACGGAUGGCUCUGCCUAACUGCCCCUCACUGGAUUUUUUUUGUUCUUGGCACCAUUCUGAGUGAAUUCUAGAGACUGUUGUGUGUGAAAAUCCCAGGAGAUCAGCAGUUACAAAAAUACUCAAACCAGCUCAUCUGGCACCAACAAUCAUCCAUGCCAUUAUCUAAUAAGCCAAUCAUGUGGCAGCAGUGCAGUGCAUAAAAUCAUGCAGAUAUGGGUUAGGAGCUUCAGUUAAUGUUCACAUCAACCAUCAGAAUGGGGCAAAAAUGUGAUCUCAGUGAUUUAGACCAUGGCAUGCUUGUUGGGAGAAGAUUUCAUACAAAGGUGUA